GCCGUCUUUCAUGGAGCUGUUGUUUAAUUAUGUCAACCAACACUCGGAAGAAUACAUACAUCGUUUGAGAGAAGCAGUUGCUUUGGAUUCUGUUAGUUCGGAUCCUUGUAAACGUUCUCGAUGUGUGGAUAUGGCUCACUAUAUUUGUAAUUGGAUCGAACGAUUGGGAGGAAAAUCAAUCAUAAAGCACGUAGGAAAACAAAAGUUUGCAGAUGGACAAGUUUUAGACUAUCCUCCCAUCAUUUUUGGAGACUUUUGUGUAGACCAACAAAGACCCGUAGUCUUGGCAUAUUGUCACUAUGACGUACAACCUGCAGAUAUACAAGAUGGUUGGAGAUUCAAUCCUUUUGAAUUGGUAGAAGAACAAGGUAAAUUAUAUGGAAGAGGAGCAACCGAUGAUAAGGGACCUCUUUUGGAUUGGUUAUGGGCCAUAGAAGCUCAUAGACAACUUGGUAUACCACUUCCAGUCAAUUUAUUGUUGUGUUUUGAAGGAAUGGAAGAAAGUGGUUCGUUUGGAUUGGAUAAGGUGAUUGAAGAAGAAUCCAAAGGAAUACUCUACCAUGUGAAAUAUGUUUGUAUUACGGACAAUUAUUGGUUAACAGAACAUCGACCUUGUCUAACAUAUGGUUUGAGAGGAAUAGUCUAUUUCCAAGUUCAUGUUCGAGGUCCUCAAAUGGACCUCCAUUCUGGCUUAUUUGGUGGUUUGGUUCAUGAACCUAUGAAUGACUUGACUCAUUUGUUAGGUACUUUGACUGAUAACCAAGGAAAUAUUCUUAUACCAAAAGUCAUGGAUAGUGUUGCACCAGUUACGAAAGAAGAAGAGUCCAUUUAUGAACGAAUUCUAUUUGACCCCGAACAACUGAGAAAAGAAGCUGGACAAGUAUCCCAACUAAGAGAGUCCGAUAAAGUAAAACUAUUGAUGAACCGUUGGAGGUUUCCAAGUCUUUCUAUUCAUGGCAUUCAAGGUGACUUUUCAGGACAAGGAGAAAAGACUGUAAUUCCUUGUGCAGUAACUGGAAAGUUUUCCAUUCGUCUGGUUCCUCAUCAACAACCGCAAGAAAUUGCCCAUCAUGUGGAAAAUUUUCUAAAGCAACAGUUUGCUCAGUUUCAUUCAGGAAAUGAAUUGCAAGUGGAAUGGAGAGGUGCAUCUCCCUGGUUGGCAGAUUAUCACAAUAGCAACUUUACAGCAGCUCGUUUAGCAUUCAAGAAAGUUUAUCAAGUGGAACCAGAUUUGACCAGAGAAGGUGGUUCUAUUCCUAUAACGAAUACCUUUCAAGAGUAUUUGGGAGGAGAGAUUUGUUUGAUUCCCUUAGGUUCUCCAGAUGAUGGAGCUCAUAGUCAAAAUGAAAAGAUGAACAAACUCAAUUACAUUGAAGGAAUCAAAGUUAUUAUAGCUUAUAUGAACGAAUUGGCAAAACAAAUGUCAUAAAUGUUUCAAGUUUCUUUUCCUAUUAUAUUCCAUUCCAAUAA